AUCGUGCGACUUCUUGUCUCGCUCAACACCAUCAUCACCAACAGCGCCCGCUCCAUCCAUAUCGUCCUACUUUCUACGUUCUCAUAAUGUCUGAAAUCAGAAGGAAAUUGGUUAUUGUCGGUGAUGGUGCUUGCGGAAAGACCUGUCUCUUGAUCGUCUUCUCCAAAGGAACGUUCCCUGAGGUCUAUGUUCCUACUGUCUUCGAGAACUAUGUGGCGGACGUUGAAGUUGAUGGCAAACACGUCGAGCUGGCGCUAUGGGAUACCGCCGGUCAAGAAGAUUACGAUCGUCUCCGACCUCUCAGCUACCCCGACUCUCAUGUCAUUCUCAUCUGUUUCGCUGUAGACUCACCGGAUUCGCUUGAUAACGUGCAAGAAAAGUGGAUUUCCGAAGUGAUGCACUUCUGUGCUGGGUUGCCCAUCAUCCUUGUGGGCUGCAAGAAGGAUCUUAGACGCGACCCUAGAGUGAUUGAUGAACUCAGGAAAACGAGUCAGCGACCUGUAACUCCCGAGGAGGGUAUGGCCGUUGCCAACAAGAUUGGUGCGAAACACUACCUUGAGUGCUCAGCUAGAACGGGUGAAGGUGUUCGCGAGGUAUUCCAGUACGCUACUCGGGCUGCUCUCCUUAGCCGGCCCAAGAACAGCAAGAAGCACCAUUGCGUGAUUUUGUAAACUAUUACCGUACCGCCCGUCGUCGUUGUCACUCCUCCCUACCUAUCGUCUCUGCUCCAGAGUUCAUACCCUUCACGACUAGUAUUUUUGCAAUCUUCAUGAUCUGUCAUCUCUUGCGUGCACGCGCGGCUCAUGGCCAGUAUGACUUUGCGACCGCAGUUGGAUGUCGUAUCCCAUUCUUUGUUCAAUUUCAAAUAAGCGCUGGACUGCGAACGUAUUGUGAACUUGAACUCUCUCUGCUAUUACGAUUAUAAUCUCAUUCUUUCUACUCACGCGGUGGCUCCAUCAUCUUGCUUUUAAAUUCUUGUCAAUGUUUUCUUUCAGAAUUCUAUUGCUCCUUUAUUGGAAUCACACUCGUAUAGGCCAAACUAUCGGAAACGUCUGGAAACUGUCCUGGCGUAUACAAGGUAUGUACGUCAACGCUUAC